CUCAGACCUGUAAGAGUUCAUGUGUGCAGAUGUGUGAGCAACAUGGCGCUAUCCAGUGUUUUUAAACCAGGACUUUUUAAUAAUAAAGUGGCAAUAGUAACUGGGGGAGCGACUGGUAUCGGAAAAGCGAUCACAUCCGAGCUGCUGCACCUGGGCUGCAAUGUGGUGAUUGCGUCACGGAAAGCGGAACGUCUGGAGGCUGCAGCAACCGAGCUCUCACAAUUGAUCGGCUCCUCAAAUCCAGCCAGCGUGACUGCACUACGCUGUAACAUCCGCCAUGAAGAGGAGGUCAAGAAUCUAGUAGCAUCUACACUGAAGAAGUAUGGGCGGAUAGAUUUUUUGGUUAAUAAUGGAGGAGGACAAUUCAGCAGCCCUGCAGCCAACAUGAGCCUAAAGGGCUGGAACGCCGUGAUCGACACCAACCUCAAUGGAACUUUCCUCUGCUGCAAGGAAGUGUACAGUGCGUGGAUGAAGGAUCAUGGUGGUGUGAUCGUUAAUAUCAUCGCUGAUAUGUGGAAAGGGUUUCCAGGCAUGGCACACACAGGUGCAGCCAGAGCCGCGGUGGAGAAUCUGACCAAGAGUUUGGCCAUCGAGUGGGCUAGCAGCGGAGUGCGCAUCAACUCUGUCGCACCGGGAACCAUCUUCUCCAAGACUGCAAUGGAGAACUAUAAAGAGCUCGGGCCAUUGAUCUUUGAGAUGGCAGUGCCGUGCAUCCCUGCAAAACGCCUGGGCUUUCCAGAGGAGAUUUCUCCGGCCGUGUGCUUUCUUCUCUCUCCGGCCGCAUCAUUUAUCUCAGGAGCCACUCUGAAAGUGGAUGCAGGACAGAGCCUGUACAACUCGGUGUGGAAAAUUCCAGAUCACAGUGCGUGGCCUCAAGCCCCGGAAGGAGAGAACGCUCAGGCUCUGGAGAAAAUCCUAAAGGAGCACAAAUCAAAACUGUGAUGCAGAACGUGCUGCGACACAGCUUUGCAGCCCCCGACAUAAUAAGGACUGAUUUAGCCUCUUUAAGUGGCAGUGUGAUUAAACAUUUAAACCUUUAGUUUUUAAUAUCUACCUCUGUUUAUAUUUCUGACAUUUUUAGACAUUGCUCCAUUACUCAGUGGAUCAAGAUGGGGAAUUAACAUCAUGCAAUGAACAUAAAUGGCUCCAAUAAGAA